GUAAGGUAAUGUGGUAAUCCUCACCCCGCCCAUCGACCGUACCGUCACUCCUCCUGAAUCUGACGAGUACUUGUAGUCAGUGUCACAUUCUUUUCUGCCAACAUCGCGGACACACCUCAGUAGUCUCAAACAUGUCGGACUUCUCGGACGAUCAAAUCCAGGAAUUUAAGGAGGCAUUCCUGCUGUUUGACAGAACAGGAGAGGGAAUGAUCUGUUACAGUCAGUGUGGGGAUGUAAUGCGCUCCCUGGGACAGAACCCUGUCACCGCUGAUGUUCUCAAGGUUCUGGGCAACCCAAAAGCUGAGGAGAUGAAUACCAAGAUGCUGGACUUUGAGAGGUUCUUGCCCAUGCUUCAAGCCAUCGCUAAAAAUAAAGAUCAGGGUUCCAUGGAAGACUUUGUAGAGGGACUUCGAGUCUUUGACAAGGAAGGCAACGGCACAGUAAUGGGUGCAGAGCUGCGUCACGUCCUCACCACACUCGGUGAGAAAAUGACAGAGGAAGAAGUGGAGACUCUCCUGGCGGGACACGAAGACGCCAAUGGCUGCAUCAAUUACGAAGCGUUUGUGCGCCACAUCAUGUCUGGCUGAGGGCCGGUACGGGUAUUAGAACUGGUCAGGAUGGUCAUGAACGGCUGAAGACGAAAAGAAUCACACUUGUCCUUUACCCUGUCACAUUUCCCCUUUUUCAAGUUGGCUUUUUACAUUCCCCACACGCUAUAUUCCGUAGAUUUGAUCCAUCAAAGGAACAAGACACCUAGGUCACUGUUUCCAAGCCUAACAACAUACUGUACAUGACCAAUCGAAAUGUGUUUAUUAUAGUCUUAAGACUUGCUUUGUUUGAGGUAUUCCAAGAUGCAUCGCCUGAGAAUAUUCCCCUCUGAUGGUAUUUUGUAAUUACUACUGCUACCAAUGUGUUAAAAUUUGGAUGGGGACUUAAUAUUUAUACAUGCACGUACACACGGAAAUGGUUUUAUCUACUUUAUUGGCAAAUCCUUAAUUCACUUCAAAGCACUGGCUUGCAUUGUCACCGGCAAAUCAGUAUAAGAAGUCCUAUGAAAACCAUAGUAUCUAAAGCAAGACAACAUUCCUAAUGUUUUUCAUGCUUUUGAAUUCACCCUCUUUUGCAUCUGAAUAAAAGUCUCCUCAAAAAUUA